CUUUUUUCCAGGCGACUCGCUGCUUCUCAGUCGCUAAUUUGCAUUCAGUGUUUUGUGUUUGUGGUCCGACACGAACGAGCUCUUUCCUCGGCAGCCUAUCAGAGAGGUGCUCAGGGGAGAGGGGAGUUUUCUUGCCCUCCUGUUCUCCUUCUCGCAGGGUCGAUGCCGCAGCUACAGUCGGACCAGUUUAGGGACAAAACUGUUUGUUAGCUGUUAGUUAUUUUAGCCAGGUGCAGCGCGCAUCCACGUCAUAAAUGCCUACCUGAGUCGGGUCAUGUGACCACGGAAAAGCCCUGCUUUACUUCGCCAGUUUGUUCGAGAGAGAGAGAGAGAGAAAGAGAAAGAGAGACUCCACGGAUUUACAGCUGCAGAGUUGCACGGCGCUGUUUUUCUCUUCUCCCGGCAUUUUCCAGGGACAAAAAAAGGACAUUUUUUCUUGUCACGGAAUUCAAAGGAUAAUGUGAAGUUGUUAGAAACCCAGGAUUUGGCUACACUUUCUGAGGACCGACUGCGCGUCGCGUAAACUUCAAAGUGUGUCUGCUGCCCUGUUGAAGAGCCACAUCAGAGGGAGUGAGUGAGGAACAGGCAGAACACAAAAAAUGGCGUGGUGGUGUGUGGCGGUGCUCCUGAUGCUGCUCUGUGUUGCACACGUUCACUGCGAUCAGCCUCGUGCCCAGUUUUCCUCUCUCACCACCAUCAACACAGUGGUCCAGGACCCUCGCACAGGCCGAAUCUACCUGGGUGCCGUUGACGCUAUCUACCAGCUGGACUCUAAUCUAAAGAAAGAGAGUAUAGCUCAGACCGGCCCCAAGAAAGACAACCCAUCCUGCACUCCUCCCAUCACUGCCCAGUGCGUCGAUGCUGUGGAAACCCACAAUAUCAACAAGCUUCUGCUGGUCAACCCGGCUAAUGGCACGCUGGUGGUGUGUGGCAGUAUCUUUCGGGGAAUCUGCUCCCUGCUCAAUCUGAGUAACAUUGAGCAGCAGGUGUAUUACAGUGACACCAAGGGAGAGAAGACGUACGUGGUCACGCCAGACAGGUCAGUCUCAGUGGUGGGCGUGAUCUCGACUUUUACCAAGGACACAAAAAAUCUGAGUGUUUUCCUGGUGGGUCAGGGCUACGGCAGCUUAGACAGUGUGAAGCUGGUGAGCACGCGUCUGUUGCAAACAAACGGUGACAUGGACAUAUUCGAGAACAUUGUGGAGACCUCCACGGUGCAAGCGGGCCCAUACACACAGCGCUACCAGCACAACUUCCGCUACUCUUUCAAGCACAAAGGCCAUGUCUACUUUCUGUUCUCACGCAUAGCAGACCUCAACGAUAACCGCAAGCUCAGCUAUGUGGCUCGCCUAUGCGAUAACGACCAGAAUUACUACUCCUACCUAGAGCUUCAGCUUAACUGCAGCAUUGGCACAGACAAUGUCUACAACAAGGUACAAGCAGCCUACCUGACCUCGCCAGGGCAAAUUCUUGCCCAGAACCUCAGCUCCAACGGCAAUUUACCAGAAGACGAUAAGGUGCUGUUUGCCUUGUUCAGCAAAGCCGAUGGACUGGACUCAGCCCUCUGCAUGUAUCCUCUUAGCAGCAUCAACCGCAGACUCAAAGAAGCCUUAGAAUCAUGCUAUAAAGAAGAAUACGUCAACGACAAGCCAAAGGCAGUCUUCUCUCCUUACACAUCCAAAACAGAAGAGGUUUGCAAGCCCAAGAGAGAUCAUACGAAUAUAUUUAACACGUUCGCCUGUGGAGCCGAGUUCUUGCCAUCAUCUUUAGCCACUACAGCUGAUUACGCUUUAAGCGCUAGCCCUGUGUACACCAGGAAAAGCUUGCUGACAUCUGUGGCAGUGUCUGUGGUGAACAACAACACUGUGGCUUUUGUGGGCACCAACAUGGGAGAAGUGCUUAAGAUUCAUCUGACCGGUCACGUUGACGUUUAUGGCAAAUUUCCAGGAGACAGUGCUGAUGGUCCAGCUAACAAAUCCAUGUUCUUUGAUUCCAGCAUGGACCAUCUGUACAUAACCACUCUGAAGAAGAUCACUAAAGUUCCAGUGCAGGCAUGUGAACAGAAGACAAACUGCCAAUCGUGUGUAAAUCAGAGGGAUCCAUACUGUGGCUGGUGUGUGCUGGAGGGCCGAUGCACCAGAAAAAAGGACUGCAGUCGAGGAGAGGAGAAGGACGCGUGGCUGUGGAGCCCUAACCAGAAGUGCAUAGAUAUUCAGAGUUUCGAUCCUCCCAGCCUCAGCUGCAAGAAGACCAAACAGGUGAAGAUUAAUGUCUCGCCGCUCCCCAGCGUUGUCAACAAUGAGCUGAAGUGUGUGUUCGGUGACUUUGAAAGCAAAGCUGAGAUAAACAACCGUCAAGUUGUCUGUGCUUUACCAAAUCCAGUGGAUAUUCCACCUACCCCUGAGAUGCAAGAUUACGUAGCGGUGCCUGUAAAGAUCAUAAUGAACAGGAGCAUUGAGGUAACACACGGUGAAUACAAGUUCUACAACUGUGCUGCGGUCGUGAAGAACGCAGUAAAUACACCGUGCAUAGCAUGUGUGAUGAGUCAGUGGGGCUGCCAGUGGAACACACAGGAUCACACGUGCAGUGAUCAGGACGAGUCUGCACAGGACAACAUCAUUAAACAUUACGUGCGUGAUAAGUGUCCACAGUUUCAGACUCUAAAGCCACCACUCAUUCCCGUGGGCUUUAAAACUCCCAUCACAUUUGAAGGCAAAAAUCUGGACAAGUACACGGGGAAAACGUUCCAGAUCGGCACCAAGCUCAUGAAGCAAGUGGGUGACGUGACUACCACAGAUUCACAGUUCACCUUUUCUGGUUAUGAGUUUGCUUAUGACAAACAUCCGGAGGUGAACGUGUCGUUCUAUGUGAAAGAUAAGGAGACAGAGAAAAGGAUUGACAGCACACUCCAGGUGGUGCUGUACAACUGUUCAGUGGGCCGUGAGGACUGUAGUCUGUGUAAGAACGCAGACACCAAGUACAAUUGUGUGUGGUGCGACACCACACAGUCCUGCAUUUAUUCUAAACUUUGUUCAAAAGAGCUCGAGCAAUGCCCUGCUCCCACCAUCACAGAUAUCAUUCCACGCUUUGGGCCCAGGAAGGGGCAGAUCUCGGUCACUAUAAAGGGAUCCAAUCUGGGGAUUAAAAAAGAAGACAUCAAGAGGAUCACUGUGGCCGAAGUGCCGUGCGAGCACCAGGCAGACAGAUACACAGUUUCCACUAGUGUUGUGUGUAAGAUCGGACCGCUGCCUGACCCUCCGAUGGAUGUGCCCAAUGCUAAGAGCCCAGUUGGGCCAGUAAGAGUGACGGUAGAGGGGAAAGAACCUAGCGUCUCCACAGUUCUCUUCACAUACCGGGACCCUGUGCCUAAGACGGUGUACCCCACAAAAGGUCCACAAGACGGUGGGACGGUUAUCACCAUCUCAGGUGAAGACCUGUUCACGGCUACUAAAGAUGACAUAAGUGUCACUGUGGGAGACGUGCCCUGUGAAGUCCUUGACUUUGGAGCCAAAAUCACAUGUAAGACAGGUUCGUAUAAAAACCACCAGGUCCCAUCCAUGCCGCUCAAAGUCACAGUAAAAUACGGCGAGAGCACCUCCGUCGUCGUGAGCAACAGCACCUUCACCUACGCCGUCAAUCCCAAGAUAACGAGCUACUCUCCUCAAGCAAGCUUUGUAUGCGGAGGCCGGAAGAUCACGGUGGUGGGAACAGGAUUCGAUCUGGUGCAGAGAGCUGUUAUGAGAGUGCUGCCCUCUGCUGAUGAGUUCAACUUGCAUCCCAGCAAUGCUGAGUACAUGCAGGAGUUUAUUCAUAAGAACGGAACAACCCUAGAGUUCCUCUCUCCGACCGUGAACAAUACACCCGAGGAUUUGUCAUUCACGACUGUCCUCGAGCUCGACAACAUCCAGGUGAACCUGACCGAGUUUGAAUACCACUCCGACCCUACGUUCACCGAGAUAAAAGAUAAACCCAUCAGUGCAGGAAUCAUCAUUAUUGUCCAUGGUCAAGGUCUCACCAACGCCAUGACAGCACAAGAGGCACAAGCAUUUGUUGGAGACACACAGUGUGUAGUGACCGUCCUGCAUGAGGAUAAGCUGUUCCUCGAGGCCCCAUCUACGCCCCCUAAAGCUCGCUCCAGGCGCCACCGCAGAGACACCAGCUCAGAGGCCCUGGAGCUAGUGAUUAAGUUUGGCCGUGGACUGUUUAACGUGGGCACCGUGCGUUACGAGAAGAAGAGUGAGGUUCCACUGUACAUCAUCAUCCCAGCGGUUAUCCUGCCCAUGCUGCUGUUCAUCGCUGUGUCUGUCUACUGCUAUAGGAGAAAAAGCCAGCAAGCUGAAAGAGAAUAUGAAAAGGUGAAGCACCAGCUGGAGAGUCUGGAGGAAAGCGUGCGGGAUCGAUGUAAAAAAGAGUUCACAGAUCUGAUGAUUGAGAUGGAAGACCACACCAGUGAUCUAAGCGAGGCCCGAAUUCCCUUCUUGGACUACAAGAAUUACACGAACCGAGUCUUUUUCCUUCCCUCUAAAGAUGGGGCCAAUGAUGUCAUGAUCACUGGCAAGCUGGACAUCCCAGAAAACCGCAGGGUCAUCGUUGACCAGGCAUUAAAUCAGUUCUCUAAUCUGCUCAACAGCAAGACCUUCCUCAUCAACUUCAUUCGUACUCUGGAGAGCCGGCAAGAGUUCAAUGCCAGAAAUAAGGUGUACUUUGCCUCGUUGCUGACGGUGGCACUUCACGGGAAGCUGGAAUACUACACUGACAUUAUGAGGACGCUCCUGCUGGAGCUAAUGGAGGAGCAUGUGCACAGCAAAAACCCCAAACUGAUGCUCCGCAGAUCAGAGACUGUAGUUGAGAGGAUGCUAUGUAAUUGGAUGUCCAUUUGCCUCUACCAGUUCCUCAAGGACUCAGCUGGUGAACCACUCUACAAGCUGUUUAAAGCUAUAAAGCACCAGGUAGAAAAAGGCCCAGUGGAUGCCAAUUUGAAGAGGGCAAAGUACACUCUAAAUGACACAGGCCUGCUGGGAGAUGAUGUGGAGUACUGCGUACUGACUCUACAGGUGUUGGUCCAUGGUGAGGGCCCUGAUGUAACCCCGGUGAAAGUUUUGAACUGUGACACUAUCACCCAGGUGAAAGAGAAAAUCAUUGAACAGGUUUACCGGAACCUUCCCUAUUCUCAGAGACCGACUGUAGAGAGUGUCGCCUUGGAAUGGCGUCCCGGCUCAACGGGGCAGAUUCUGUCCGAUAUCGAUUUAACAUCUCAGAAGGAGGGCAGGUGGAAACGUCUCAACACUCUGGCACAUUACAACGUGCGAGACAACGCCACUCUCGUUCUGUCAAAAGUUCUUCACACUCAGCAGUCUUUCGACCAGAACCAGGAGAGCCAUGAAGAAAGGAGUGCUCUGCUGGACGAUGACAAAGUGUUCCACCUGGUGAGGCCAGCAGAAGAGAUGGAUGAAGUGAAGUCCAAGCGGGGCAGCAUGAAGGACAAGGCCCCCAUUAAAACCAUCACUGAAAUCUACUUGACUAGGCUGCUGUCCAUGAAGGGCACCUUGCAGCAGUUUGUCGACGAUUUCUUCCGCAGCGUGUUGUGUUCAGGGGCUGAAGUCCCUCCAGCCAUCAAGUACUUUUUCGACUUUCUGGAUGAGCAGGCGCACAAACAUGACAACGUAGACGAGGAAACCAUCCACAUAUGGAAGACCAACAGUUUGCCUCUGAGAUUCUGGGUUAACAUCCUGAAAAACCCUCACUUCAUCUUUGACGUACACGUCACCGAGGUAGUAGAUGCCUCGCUGUCUGUUAUCGCCCAGACCUUCAUGGAUGCCUGCACUAAGACUGAGCACAAGCUGACUCCAGAGUCUCCUAGCAACAAACUCCUCUACGCAAAAGAGAUUCCUACAUAUAAGAAGAUGGUCGAGGAUUAUUACAAAGGCAUCCGUCAGAUGGUGUCAGUGAGUGACCAAGACAUGAACACACACCUGGCUGAGAUCUCACGGUCCCACACAGACAAACUGAACACCCAGGUUGCUCUGCACCAGCUGUAUCAGUACGCCAGCAAGUACUACGAUGGAAUCAUCUCGUCGCUAGAGGACGACCCCGCAGCUCAGAGCAAGCAGCUGACCCUGCGACUGCAGCAGAUCGCAGCUGCAUUGGAGAACAAAGUCACUGACCUUUAGUGUGAAGUCUCUGAGGUCAGAGCACAGAAGACCCACACCACCAAACAUCACUGGCUCCCAGACAUCAUGAACUGAUUUGAAUGAAAAGAUACAGAGGACUUACGCAGCCUAUCACAUUAUCAUCACUAGCUUGUUUCUUCUCUUCGGGUUGCGACAGGAUUCGGCACACAGCCCGAACGAGCCGGGCCACGCAGUAGAGAGAAAAAAAAAAGACUGUUUGAUUAAGGCUGAAAUCCUGCUUCUUUAUGGUACGGCUGUGUCAGAGCUCUUCACUGACCACUCUGGUAAUUAGUGUCUGUUUUGCAGUCGCAGUAAUAAUCAGAUUAUUCUUUCGUGUGCAGAUGAAAUUAAAAGAAUAGUAUUAUAUGUAUAUAUUUUUUACACAAAAUGGAUUUAUUGUCAUUUCGGUUUCAUAGCCACUAUGUUUCCAGCUUGAGGAAAGGUCAGUGAGGUCACUUUCCAGAGGAAAAGCCUUCACAGCUAGCGCACCUUGCUUUUACAGUACGUUUCCAUGGCAUCUGUUGUUAUGUGUUGUUGAUUUUCCACAUCCGUGUCCACUUUUGCCCUAUCGGGGAUGCAGAGUUAGGCUAGAAUAGUUGCUAAGAGACGUUAGUCAAGGGUUGUUUUAUACAGCAAGAGGUGCUCUUAGUCAUGUGUUUGUUUUGCUCUAACACAAGUUACCACCACAUAGCAAACAGCCAGCAAAUGACUCUUUCUUCUUUACCUGUCAUUUUUUUUUUCUUUUUUUUUUCUUUUUAAAUAUCACAGCUGCUCAUCAUAUAUUUUAAGUCCCAAUUUUGAGUAAGUAGAUUUUUUUUUAUUUAUUUUUUUUUUUAUAGUUUUAGAGCACCAUGGCUUUUUAUCCCACAUGGCUUCUCUUCCUGUUUCUGGACACACAAACCGUUUUUUAAUAUUAAAUGUUUUGUGUCUUAAAAUGUAGGGAGUUUGAAUAUUUUGACUUUAGAUUGUGUCGGGGACGUUUGAAUGUUAUUUGUCUUACAAUCCAGAUUUUUUUCUUUUUUUUCCCCCCCAAAGUGAUUUACUCUGAUUAAGAAUGGAGUCAUUUUGUUAACACAGCCUUGGUGACCAUUGUGAAAACUGUGCAAUUCUCAGAACUGUAACUGUGGUGUUUUAGGUUUUUAGAAAUGACCAAAGUUUAAAAGUGUUUUGUGCUUUUUGUGCUUAUGUUCCUUUUAAAGUGAUAUCAAGCCCCAGAUGCCAGAUAGGCAGGACUCAUGUGUUCUUAAGGACUGAGUAAAGGUAGUUGAUCAUGAAACUCAGUAUAAAUUAGCUUUUUUUUUUCCCUCCUUAACAAACGGUACUAUUGUUUUUUUUUUUUUGUUUUGUUUUUUUGUUUGCCCUGACUCAAACAUGCCAUGCACUACACAUAUCGAAUCAUGUCAAUAAUGUAAAUGUAAUUUUAGUGCAGGAUAAAUACAUCCUUUCACCAGAUUUAAAUGUUUUUAUUUUUUUUUUUUAUUUCUCUUCCUCCCUCCAAUUCCUCUUACAUUCCUAAUCUGAAACUUUUCCGAGCGUAUCGCCAUGUUGUUAAGCUUCUUUUCUGCCUUUCUUGACCAGAAUGUGCCUUAAUGAAAAUUGAGUAAUAAUAAUCCUACAUGUGGUGAUUUGAGCUGAAUUUAAAAACUGCAAUAGUGACUAGCUCUAAUUUUUUUUUUUUUUUUUUAUUAUUAUUUUUUUUUUGUACAUUAUCCCGUUUUAUUUUGUGUCAUUUAUGAGAACAGAUGUGCCACUAUGCUUUAUUCAAUGCUGGUAAAUGUGUUUAUGACGGUGAAGAAAAAAUGUAUUAAAAGUAUGUUUUUUGGUCUUAA